UUCGGCGGCUCGGGCGCUUCCACCUUCCCCGAGCGGGAGCGGGAGUGGGGCGGGGUUGGGGAUGGGCCAUCCUGCCGCGGCUGGGGUAGCAGCCUUCCCCCGGGUCCGGCGCCGAAGCUUUCUCCCCCGGGGCGGGAAUGGGGGCUGGACCCCUCUCCCCAAAGCCGAGGCUCGGUCCGCGCUCCUGCGACUAGGCUGAAGCUGCUCCCCUCUCCCCGCCGCCUCCGGGCGUUCUGGCCGUACACCCACACUGGGACUGGGACUGGGCUGUGAUCCCGAGGCCGCAGCUCCGCUCUCGGCCCGCCACCUCCCCCGGGCCCACCUGCUCCCUCAGCCACAGGCCAUCUCGGGGCUCUGGGACUGGACGACUGCAGCCUCUUCCCUCUGCCCCCGGGAACGGCUCCACUCCGUCCCCUGCAGCGCCUGCAGCCGCGGCCCCCUCAGCAGCUGUGUCUCCUGGCGCCUCCUCGCCAUACCCAGCAGAGCAGUUGGAGCAGACAGCCAGGCUGCCCGGAAGAGUUUUUGGUGGGGUUUCUGCACUGAGGUGGAAACCCAGCAGAACCUGCCCUUCUUCCCUCCCCUGCUCCGCAAGGCAGCGCACCCCGACCUUGAGAUCCCAGGUUUGGAGAAUCCUGCUGAGAGUGAACAGUAGGAGGAUUCCCCAAAGCUUCCAGCUUGCCACCUGGAAGAAGGUCACUUUCUUUUGAGCAAAGGAGAUAAUGGGAGGUACCCUGCCAGUGUUCACUGAGAGGCGGGGGUGACAUGGGCCACGGUCGCUCUGGGAGGGUUGUGGCACUCGGGGCUGGGUGGCUCUCCCUAAGCUUGCUCUGACAAAAGAGUUUUGAGUUGGUCUUUUGGCUGAGCCUGCCCAGGAAGGCAGGCUCCUGCAGGAGUCUUGGAGGGUCGGAUGCGGCGCCGGAUGAGGAUGAGGCGUGGCGGAAGAUGCGUUUGGCUCUGCAGACACUGCAUCGGGCAGCAGGGGACUCUGGGAGGCUGGUGCAGCCAGAAGGCAUGGCUCUUGACAGCCUUCUAGUAGAAUCUCUGGAAUUGUGCAUGGCAGAAGAGGAAAGAAACUAACGGGUAUUGAGCACCUACUUUGUGCCAGGCCCAGGCCAGGUCCCCCCCACCUCCAGCCAGCCUGUGCAGACUUGCUGCCUGCUGUGUCACCGGGAACGCAAAGGCUGGGAAGAAGGCCCUUCUCAAAAUGGACUGGUGUUGCAGGGUGAGAAGCUGCCCCCUGACUUCAUGCCAAAGCUCGUCAAGAAUCUCCUAGGCGAGAUGCCUCUGUGGGUCUGCCAGAGUUGCCGAAAGAGCAUGGAGGAAGAUGAAAGGCAGACAGGUCGAGAACAUGCAGUGGCGAUCUCCUUGUCACACACAUCCUGCAAAUCACAGUCUUGUGGAGAUGACUCUCAUUCGUCCUCAUCUUCCUCAUCAUCCUCAUCCUCGUCCUCCUCUUCCUGCCCUGGGAACUCAGGAGACUGGGAUCCUAGCUCGUUCCUGUCGGCACAUAAGCUCUCGGGCCUCUGGAAUUCCCCACAUUCCAGUGGGGCCAUGCCAGGCAGCUCUCUUGGGAGUCCUCCUACCAUCCCCGGUGAGGCUUUCCCCGUCUCGGAGCACCACCAGCACUCAGACCUCACUGCUCCCCCUAACAGCCCCACCGGCCACCACCCCCAGCCAGCAUCUCUAAUCCCGUCUCACCCCAGCUCCUUUGGCUCCCCGCCCCACCCACACCUGCUGCCCACCACCCCGGCAGCACCUUUCCCUGCCCAGGCUUCAGAGUGCCCUGUUGCUGCUGCCACUGCCCCCCACACUCCAGGGCCAUGUCAGAGCUCCCAUCUACCCUCCACCAGCAUGCCGCUCCUGAAGAUGCCCCCACCAUUCUCGGGGUGCAGCCACCCCUGCAGCGGGCACUGUGGUGGGCACUGCAGUGGGCCUCUCCUCCCACCCCCGAGCUCUCAGCCACUCCCUAGCACUCACAGGGAUCCCGGGUGCAAGGGGCACAAGUUUGCACACAGUGGCCUGGCUUGCCAGCUGCCCCAGCCCUGCGAGGCAGAUGAGGGGCUGGGUGAGGAAGAGGAUAGCAGCUCUGAGCGAAGCUCCUGCACCUCGUCCUCCACCCACCAGAGAGAUGGGAAGUUCUGUGACUGCUGCUACUGUGAGUUCUUCGGCCACAAUGCGCCACCCGCUGCCCCGACGAGUCGGAACUAUACCGAGAUCCGGGAGAAGCUCCGCUCGAGGCUGACCAGGCGGAAAGAGGAGCUGCCCAUGAAGGGGGGCACCCUGGGCGGGAUCCCUGGGGAGCCCGCCGUGGACCACCGAGAUGUGGAUGAGCUGCUGGAAUUCAUCAACAGCACGGAGCCCAAAGUCCCCAACAGCGCCAGGGCCGCCAAGCGGGCCCGGCACAAGCUGAAAAAGAAGGAAAAGGAGAAGGCCCAGUUGGCAGCAGAAGCUCUAAAGCAGGCAAAUCGUGUUUCUGGAAGCCGGGAGCCAAGGCCUGCCAGGGAGAGGCUCUUGGAGUGGCCCGACCGGGAACUGGAUCGGGUCAACAGCUUCCUGAGCAGCCGUCUGCAGGAGAUCAAAAACACUGUCAAAGACUCCAUCCGUGCCAGCUUCAGUGUGUGUGAGCUCAGCAUGGACAGCAAUGGCUUCUCUAAGGAGGGGGCUGCUGAGCCUGAGCCUCAGAGUCUACCCCCCUCAAACCUCAGUGGCUCCUCAGAGCAGCAGCCUGACAUCAACCUUGACCUGUCCCCUUUGACUUUGGGCUCCCCUCAGAACCACACGUUACAAGCUCCAGGCGAGCCAGCCCCACCAUGGGCAGAAAUGAGAGGCCCCCACCCACCAUGGACAGAGGUGAGGGGGCCCCCUCCCGGUAUCGUCCCCGAGAACGGGCUCGUGAGGAGACUCAACACCGUGCCCAACCUAUCCCGGGUGAUCUGGGUCAAGACACCCAAGCCGGGCUACCCCAGCUCCGAGGAGCCAAGCUCAAAGGAAGUUCCCAGUUGCAAGCAGGAGCUGCCUGAGCCUAUGUCCUCAGGUGGGAAGCCACAGAAGGGCAAGAGGCAGGGCAGUCAGGCCAAGAAGAUCGAGGCAAGCCCAGCCCCCCAGCCCCCAGCCAGCCUAGAGGUUCGCAGUGCCAAGGGCCAGGUCGCUGGCCCCAAGCAGCCAGGCAAGGUCCUAGAGCCUCCCAAAGUAGGCAGCUGUGCUGAGGCUGGAGAGGGGAGCCGGGGGAGCCGGCCAGGACCAGGUUGGGCUGGCAGUCCCAAAACUGAGAAGGAGAAGGGCAGCUCCUGGCGAAACUGGCCAGGCGAGGCCAAGGCACGGCCUCAGGAGCAGGAGUCUGUGCAGCCCCCAGGCCCAGCAAGGCCACAGAGCUUGCCCCAGGGCAAGGGCCGCAGCCGCCGGAGCCGCAACAAGCAGGAGAAGCCAGCCUCCUCCUUGGACGAUGUGUUCCUGCCCAAGGACAUGGACGGGGUGGAGAUGGAUGAGACUGAUCGAGAGGUGGAGUACUUUAAGAGGUUCUGUUUGGAUUCUGCAAAGCAGACUCGUCAGAAAGUUGCUGUGAACUGGACCAACUUCAGCCUCAAGAAAACCACUCCUAGCACAGCUCAGUGAGGCCCUGCCCAGGCUGAGCUUCUUCAGGGCGUCCUGAGGCCCUGACUGCCAGCUGAAGGCGUAUAAUUUUUCCCUCCGUGUGCCCCACCUACCCGUCCAAGACCCUCUCUGCUCCCCACCAUCCUGGACCAACCAAAAGCUGAACGGAUGCCACACUGUGCUGGGGCCCCUUGACCUCAGCAGAGCCGCUUCCUGGUGCUACGCAGCCUCCACACUCAGAGCCCGUGGACUGGGCUGGCCUAAGGGCCAGGGCUGAUGGUACUGCUGGCCCAACACUGCUCUCUUUGUGUUUGGUUUUUUUGUUUUUGUUUUUAUUUUAUUUUUUUCCAAUUCUUUACUUUUGAUACUGUGAAGAUCUUUCGUGCCGAAAGAUAAAGCAACAUUUGGACACAGA